GAUUUUCUAUUUGACCUCGUCUUAUAUGCUACUAGAUGAUCUAUAACUAUAACUAUCGCUAUCCUCUUCUCGUUCCAUCUCCUCUUCUACCCCAUCAAUUUGACGCAUAGAUGGCGUGCAAUUCGAAAAUGUCUUUAAAUAUGUCACUCCACCAAAGCUCGCAAUUGAUGUGCCGAGCGAUUCAACCACGCCCAAGAGGACUUUCUGGCUGGACUGUACUCUUUGAUUGGUUGCGCCGAAACCAUGUGCAAAAGAUUAUGAAGGUUAUGGUUAUAGAUGAUGGCCAGACGUCUCACACAGAUGCCGCGAUUGAAGACGCACUAAGCGGAUUCGAAGCAGAGCUGUGGGACUGGAAAAAGCUCGAUCUCUGCAGCAAAAAAAUUUGUAACUCGAGUAAAGUUAUUCGAGAGAUCUGCUUGUACUCUUCAGAGAACCAAGCAGGUCUGAUGAGUUGGUCGAGCACUGAAGGGCUCAGAGAUCCAAAGAAAUUUCCAGAGGCAAGACCCCUCUUUUUUGGCUCGUCUAAUCUUCAAAUUUAUGCUUGGACGGACGAUCCUCUUACUUACUUCUCAAUCCCGCUCGGAAAAGUUCGUCUUUUUAUCCCGGGGGACCAAGAGGACGAAACAAGAUUAAGAGAAUAUAUCGACACCUUUAAAGGGAAAUUGAACCACGCACCUGCCAAAGAUCAUGGCGAGCGCAUUGACUUCAAGUAUCGCCUCGAUAACGAGGCUGUUAGCUCUGCAUCCGAUUUUAAAAACAACGAGGGAGCCAUACAACUGCGAGUUCAUAACUGACGUCAGUUACGGAGUAACCGGGACCAGAGUAGUAACAGCCCGCAGGGCUAACCAAUGGAUCGGGCGCAUGAGAGGUUCGCACUUUUCAUUGGGACCAUCACCCAGACAAGACUGCUAGUCUCGUUAAGAUCAUUGCCGUUAUUGAUGACGACAACAAUACCACUCCAGCUAGCCUCGACGGCAAAAUCGCCGUGGCAUGUGGUUAAAUCAUCCACCACUAACUAUUGUAUCUGGGUAAAAAUAAUGCAGUUGAUAUCGCUUUCCGCGGGCA